GGUAUGGAAAACAUCAAGAUCCCAUCGCCGUCUGCUAUUCUAGACCCUCCUCCUGCCAUGCCGUCGAGAUCGCCUCCCUCCCCUGCGAAGAAAACAGCAGGCCAACCUGCUACAAAUCCCACUACUAACAAGCCAAAGCAGUCAAAAAGUCGUAAUGGCUGCACCACCUGCAAAACGAAGAGACUUAAAUGCGACGAGUCAAAACCAACUUGUCUUCAGUGUAAGAAGCGAAAUGUGCAAUGUGGAGGAUACAAAAAGGACUUCAAAUGGCGGCCGUUCGAAGAGACCAACAUAGGCAGCAAAGCGACCACAAAAACAAAAAAGGAGGAUUCAGUAUCAACUACAAUGACCCAGUCAACCUUGGCAAGACAAAGUCCAUUGAGAUAUGAUGAAUCACAAUCUAUUCAGGGCUCUCCACCAAAGCCUGUUGGUAUACCUCCACGAAACUCAAAUGACUCUCCGGCGAAACAGAAAGAUCUGGCAUCCAGCUGGGGAGAGCUUCUAGGCCAUCCAAAUAUGGAUUGCUUUGACGACCAAAAUACCACAUCGUCUCUGACACAUUUCUCACCACCAGACCAAUCUCCUUGGUUAUCGGACCUGCUGCCCGCUGCAAGUGAUCUCGACAUGAACUCGGAAGAACCUCCCUUUGAGAUUUCAUUGCAACACAGCCCCCGAAACUCCGAUGGCUUCAGCUUCUCAGCAUUGCUAGAAGAAGACAAUGAGGACGUGGAGGAAAUGGUACAACAGACCAACCCGGGAGUUAAGCCCUGGAUACUCCAAUUCUCAGGCAAGAACACAUCCUCCCCUAAGGGGAGUAAGAAUGCAACUGCCAGUAUUUAUCGGGAGCCUAGCUUUGAUGUCGCCAGUCCUGAGAUGCUCAUAGUACGAUAUGAUCGAUUCACAUGCGGAAUACUGUCGGUGAAAGACGGCAUGAAUGAAAACCCGUGGCGGACAUUGAUAUGGCCACUGGCAAAAGAUAGUCCAGCCCUGUACCAUGCAAUUUUUGCAUUGACUGCCUUCCAUUCUAGCAAAGAGAGUCCGGAAUUGCGAGUCCAUGGGGUGGAUCAUAUGCGUAAAAGCAUUACUUUCAUGGUUCAAGACAUUCAAAACAUGAAGACAGACGCUGCUCUGGCUACCAGUCUAGCGCUUGCAUUUGCUGAUACCUGGGACCAGCAUACCCAAACAUGUAUCCAGCAUUUGCGAGGAGCCAAGGCGUUGGUGUCACAGGUACUGAGGUUUGGUAUCCAAAAUGGAAUGCAGGGAGCCGAUCUAGAGCGGGUUCGGUUUCUGUAUAAUACCUGGUUGUAUAUGGACGUGAUUGCGCGUUUGACGUCUCGGGAAGAAUGCAGUGACCAGGAAAUGGAUUUCUCCAUCUCUCAUCUUUCAAAUGAUUCAGUCCAUGAAAUUGAUCCUUUGAUGGGUUGCGCAGCUACCCUUUUCCCACUCAUAAACCGGGUCACCCUGUUAAUUCAACAGGUCCGGAAAAGUGAGUCCAACUCACUUUCUCUGGUAUCUCAAGCCAUCGAGCUGAAAGGACUUUUGGAGCAAUGGGAACCUCCAAGAUGGUUUGAGCCCCCUGAGGAUCCAACUUCGGAGGUACAGCACAGCAUCCAGAUAGCAUACGCCUAUCGCUGGGCAACACUUCUGUAUCUCCACCAAGCAGUUCCAGAGAUGCCUUCUGAACCAACUUCUGUACUGGCAAAAAGAGUUUUGAUCUUGCUUGCGACCGUUCCACCUAGUUCUCGUACGACAAUUAUCCAGAUGUUUCCGCUGUUGGCAGCCGGUUGCGAAGCUGAGCAAGAGGACAGAACCUGGGUUCUAGAAAGAUGGACGUCCAUCCAAUCCCGCCUUAUGCUGGGUGCUAUUGAUCGAUGUAUUGAUGUUGUUCAGGAGGUUUGGUCUCGUCAGGAUAAAGACAAAGCCGAAAAAGCACGACGACAAUCUCGAGGAACUGGUAGGUCCGGACCAUAUUUUGCAAUGGAGGGUCCAGGGAAAAACAGGCUAUCUCAUGGAGGUGGGCCUGAGGUGCGAAGCUCCGCCGUCUCUCCAUUGGAAAAUAUUGAGUUUGACAAAACCAUUCGAGGAAGAUUGCACUGGAUCAGUGUCAUGGAGGAGUGGGGUUGGGAAGGUAAGCAGUUCUGA